GCGCCGCAUUGCAAAGCCCGAAAGGCAUUCUGCGGAACUGAUACAGCGGGCGUCCCGGGAUGGUAAACGCCGUGUAUUUCCGACUUUCCACCUCCAACUCUACCUGCCAGAACGCGUGCCUUAGGUCAACACUACUAAUGAAGAUCGUAUCCUCCACCCGGCUCAGAAUGGACUCAAUAUUUUGCAACGGGUUUCUGCACCAAUGUUACCCUAUUGUUCCACGGGCUUUCGCUCAGUUCGAUCACUCCCAAUUUGAGCAUUUCGUCGACCUCUUGGAACAACAACUUCUGCUUUUGUGGUGAUACUGGAUAGAAUCUCUCUUUCACUGGCACUGUAUCCAGCAGUUGGAUCGUGUGCUCUUCUAAUGUGGUACGUCCGAGUCCGCCUGAAACUUCUCACAGACUUCUGCCAGGACCUCUUGUUGCGUCUCGUUGAGGACAUGUGGUUCCACCGGCUCCUUUUUGGAAUUAAACUCCUCAUCCUCAAUGGACAACUCCUCUACUCCCAAGAGAUCAGGUGCGAGCUCGAAUUUGCGGCAGAAAUCUAUGCCUUUGACGCAGUGACGGGCACAGUUUAUUCACCAGCUCUUCACAUCCGUCGCCCAGGAAACUCACUGAAGCUCCCGUGUCUAGCAGACCUUCUACGUGAAACUAUUGCAUCUUUACCGUAGCGAAUGCCUGAUUCUCCUUUUGCCUUGGCACUGCUUCUAAGGCCGAACAAACCUCUUGGCGUUUUGUUCUUCGUUGUCUGUACCGCUCUCUCACA